UCGGAAAUCAUCGUUCAUCCAUCUCUCUCCUUUUUGGCAUCGAUUCAAGACGAUAACUUGUGCAGUAUGUGUUGCUUUCAUCAUGUUGGUUUUACUAUUCUUUCUAUGGAAGGACUUUAUACCAAAAAGUUAAGGUUUUCUUACAGGAAUGGAUAUCCAAUUUUCCAAAACAGAAUCCCAGUGCCUCACAAGUUUCGACUGGGUAUCGCUAAAUAUUAUUCUUCAGGAAUUCUACCUGAAGAAACCAAGGUUCCUUCCCGACUACCUCCUAUAACUGGAAGUGAAGAAGACAAGAAACCACAAAAUUCAAAGGAUUUUUCGAUAGUAGCUUGGUUGGAACGUGGAGCUUGGAUAGGAUUGGCUUGUUUGAUACUUGUAGAGUUGUACGUGCAUUUGGUAUUGAUCAAAGACUGGCUUCCAAAGUCGUCUGGUUCAUAACAACAAGUAUAAUCAUAUAGAGGGAAUGGGGGUUUAUUAUAGUACACAUAGUGAUACUUGUGCAAUCAUAGUUUUCAAACAUAAAAGGCAACCAACCAGAUAUUCUUCUUCUAGACUAGCGAGUUUCUUUAUUACUUGUUGAGUUUUGUUGUGGAAUCCUCCUUCUGCCGAGGUCUCUUCAUAAAGCUCUGCUGACCAAGUACUCGAACGAUACCCGUAUGAAUACCAAUAUGAUGAGCCUCUUCACCUUUUUCAAAAACUUCUUCAAGGUGUCUUAUGUUCUCUAACUGAUCCAUGGCAUAUACAAGCAGACUCUUUCGUUGAUUCUCAUCACUUUCAAAUCGAUGUUUUCUAAACUCCUUUCUAGUCAAGUCACAAAUAUAUUGUGCUCUUUUUUG